UCUCCGCAUUACAUUAUAAGGUACUCUCAAAAACGUAGUACUAACUACGAAGCUACCAACACCAAAAAAAACAGUUUCUGUUUUGUUUUGGUUUUUUAGGACAGAAAUGUUGAACGGGUUCGUUAAGCCAAAGCGAGUUACUGACCCGCUCGACGACAAGGUCAGAGCUCAACUCGUCACGUCGCAACUCAGCUACGUCAGCAGCAGCGGAAGCGAGCACUCGCCUUGCCUUAGCCUCUCCGAACUCGUCCACGAUUUCCUCGAGAACGAUUCCGAAACCGAGUCUCAACUCUCUUGCAACUCCGACUCGGAACGAGUCGACUCAGUCUCCAACUCGGUCGAGGCUGUGGAGACCAUCGUCGACCUGUGUAACAACAAUGUCAACGCCUACAAGAAGUUGCUGACGUGUCACGUUUCGGAGGCGGUGAAAACGUUUUCGCGCCUGAGGUCGAAUCGAAACGUUUUCCUUCGAAACGUGAUGGCGUUUUUAAGGGGUUUGGGGCACAAUGCGGCCGUGUGUAAGACUAGGUGGGACUCCAUGUCGGGGCUCGCAAGUGGGACCUACGAGUUCCUCGACGUGGUCCAAUCAGAGUCAAUCACGUGUCAUUCUCGGUAUUUUAUCGACCUGGACUUCGCGGCCCAGUUCGAGGUCGCGAGGCCCAGCGAGGAGUACUCGAAGCUUGUGCAACACUCUUUGCCUAGGGUUUUUAUCGGGUGCGGUGAGGAGUUGAGGAAGUUGGUGAGGAUCAUGUGUAACGUGGCGAAGAGAUCAUUGAGGAGUAGGGAACUUUCUGUGCCUCCGUGGAGAAAGAACCGUUAUAUGCAGAACAAGUGGUUUGGUCCGUACAAAAGGACCACGAACCCGGUUCAUGAUCAACCGGCUCGGCAGCUAAUGUUGCCUGUUGGAGGUGUUAAGUGCCGGUUUGUUGGGUUCGACGACACCGUUUCGGACGUCAAUGUUUACAGCCACCACCGUGGGUUUUUUGUUCCUACUAGAUAAUAUAUGCAUUGUUAUUAGACAUUCCCGAAUAAUUUG